AUGAUUGGCUCAUGCGCAGCCCAGUUGUCCCUUCGGGCAAGCCGGCAGGGAUCUCAAGUGUUGUUUAAGAACGCACAUCUUUCUGUUAGGUCAAAUGUGUUCAAUACUGAAGCUCUUCAGAGAAAUGGAUUCCGGUGUUUAUCUACAUCAGUCCAGUCGACAUUGAACCGAUUACCAACCGGAGGAUUGAAACCCCGCUGUCUGCAGACCACCCUGAUCUCACCAUCAUUCUUCACCCAGCAAAGAUGGUCCGGGUCAAAAUCGCCAGAAAACAAAACUCCUGAACAACCCGAUGAAUCCAAGAAAAAGCCUAUUCUAUCGCGGAUUCCCCUGCCAACCUCCCACGAGAAUAUCUACACUGUACCCAACAUUCUCACACUCUCCCGGCUGGUCGCCGCCCCUGUCGUCGGCUAUCUCUUAGUCAACAACUACCACACAGCAGCACUAUCCCUGUUCGCCUACGCGGGCAUUACUGAUCUCGUCGAUGGCUGGAUCGCCCGGCGGUACAACCUCCAAACUGUGGUUGGAACCAUCAUUGAUCCCAUGGCCGAUAAGCUAUUGAUGACCAUUGGUGUCGCGUGUCUGGCCGUGAAUGGCUCUCUUCCUGUGUGGCUCGCUGUGAUCAUCCUCGGUCGCGAUGUUGGUCUGGCUAUCUCGGCUAUCUAUUACCGUUGGAUUUCCCUGCCUGAGCCUAAGACUAUGGCCCGGUACUGGGAUUUUUCGCUUCCCUCAGCAGAAGUCAAGCCCACCGAGAUCUCGAAGAUCAACACUGCUCUGCAGCUGGUGCUGGUGGGUAGUGCAAUUGCGCUGCCUGUGGUGCCUGGGGCAUUUGUCAGUGCCUGGCAUUUGAGCGAGGCUAUGACUGGAUUCCAGUACCUUGUUGCGGGCACCACUCUCUGGUCUGGACUCAGCUAUGUCUUCUCCAACAACGCCGUGAAGAUUCUCUCAAAAGAAGAAAUUCAGAAGCGUAUCGCUCAAGCAGCUGCUAAGCGCAAGUAG